AUGUACCAAAGAAAUCCAAUGAGGCAUCCGAAUUUUCUUGAUACUACUUCUUCAUUGCUGUCCUUGUUCUUAUUCAUAACUAUUUUGGUCACCAGCCAAAUUCCACUUGGCUGCACUGGACAAGCUCAUUCUUCAAAUUUCACCUGCAUUGAAAGUGAACGACAAGCUCUUCUUCAAUUCAGAGAUAGCUUGAUAGAUGAAUCAAAUCGUCUAUCAUCGUGGAUUGGAGAAGACUGCUGUUCAUGGGAUGGAAUUAGUUGCAACAAAGUAAUUGGCCAUGUGGUGAAACUCGAUCUAUGCAAUUCGGAACAACUUGGAUUCGAAUUUUAUAGUCAUUGGUAUCAUUGCAGAUCUUGCUUGGCAGGUGAUCAUUUAAGCCCAUCUUUGGUCAAUUUGACCAUUCUGCGACACUUGGACCUGAGCUUGAAUAAUUUUUCAGGAAUCCGGAUUCCCACAUUUCUUGGAUUGCUCAAAGACUUGAGAUACCUCAAUCUCUCAAAUGCAGGGUUUGUUGGUGAAGUUCCCCAUCAUUUGGGAAAUCUCUCGCAUUUAAGGUACUUAGAUAUUGGUGUUGCUUUACGUCGAAUUAUACAAAAUAAAUUGACGAGUAAUGAUCUUGAAUGGGUCGCUAGGCUCUCUUCUCUUGAAACACUGUCCCUAAACAGUGUAGACCUUUCGGGUGCUCAAGAUGUGUUCAGGGCAAUUAACAUGCUUCCUUUGCUAAAAGCACUAGAUUUAGAGGGUUGUGGACUUACCGUUCCUCAUCUUUUACACGUCAAUUCCACAUCUCUUUCUUCCUUGGAUCUCAGUGCCAAUCAAUUUAUCAACCCCACCAUCCCUCCUUGGCUGCGUAACCUUACGGGCCUCCAAGAUCUUAAUCUUCGUUUUUGUUAUCUAGGUGGUGAGGUUCAUGAUACAUUUGAGCAAAUGACAUCUCUAGUUAAACUCGAUCUGUAUGGAAAUCGCUUUGAUACUUCAACAUUGAAAUGCAUUUGCAACAUUAGCAGUCUUACAAGUUUACAGAUGUCCGAAAAUAACUUGCAAGGGUCAAUACCCAGUGAAAUAGGUCAGCUUCGGAAACUAACUCGACUAUAUUUGUUCUUUAAUGAGUUAAAUGGGACGAUUCCUUCAAGUCUUUGGGAACUCACCAAGUUACAAACAUUAGAAGUAGAUAGAAAUUCAUUAACUGGUGUACUAUCUGAACACCAUUUUGUGAAACUCAGAGAGCUAAAUAGUUUGUACAUUUCUUAUAACUUCCUCUCUCUGCACGUGAGCUCCUCUUGGGUUCCUCCUUUCCAACUAAGGCACAUUACGAUGGAUUCUAUCGAAACAGGGCCCCAGUUUCCAAAUUGGCUACGGACCCAAAAGGAGAUUGAAGUGUUAUUCAUGCAAAAUGUGAGCAUUUCGGAUGCCAUACCCAGCUGGUUUGGAGUGCAUUUUAAUUAUCUUAAAGCCUUAGAUCUCUCCCGUAACAAUUUGGAAGGAUCUCUAAAAUCAUUUGCAACAGCAGUUGCUGAUGUUGAUAAAGAGGCUAUAAAAAUAGAGUCUCUUUACCUCAGUUACAACCGUUUCACAGGUAGUAUCCCAGAAGACUUGUGCAGGCUGAAAACUUUAAUGGUUUUAGAUCUAUCCAACAACCAUUUGUCUGGAAGCAUUCCUUUGUGCUUGGGUAACUUGCGACAUUUGGUCGCCCUAAGUUUGUCAGAUAACAACCUAUGUGGUCAGAUUCCAAGUUCACUGGGUAACUUGGAGGAACUUGGUACUCUGCAUUUGAGCGGAAAUAAAUUUGAUGGGAAGCUUCCAUCGUCAAUGCAAAACCUGAUAAGAUUGCAAAUCCUUGAUCUCGGAGAAAAUGGAAUAAAGGAUAUUAUACCAGUGUGGAUUGGGGAAAGGUUAUCGGACUUGAAGUUUCUGAGACUCGAGUCAAAUAAUUUCCGUGGAGGUAUUCCUGAUAAAUUCUGCCAACUCUUGCAUCUUCAGGUGCUCAACCUAGCACACAAUAAUUUAUCAGGAUUUAUUCCUCACUGCUUUAAUAACUUCACAAUGAUGGUAUCAAGAGAAGCAGCAUCAGCUGACUUGCUAAUGAUCAAUUAUUUUGAAUUAAGACUUCUAAACUUGAAGGGAGGAAGAGAACUUGAGUAUUCAAAAAACUUAUUGUCUGUUAAAUCAAUUAUCCUCUCAGCAAAUAAUUUAGUUGGUGAAAUCCCUGAUGAGAUAAUGGAUCUCGUUGGGUUGCAAAUUUUUAACCUUUCAAAAAACCAUCUAAAUGGGAGGAUCCCCCAGAAGAUUGGCAAUUUGAAGCAACUUGAAACACUUGAUUUGUCGAUGAAUGAACUCAACGGGGAAAUCCCUCCAAGCUUGUCUGGUUUAAACUCAUUGAGCUCCCUGAAUUUGUCAUACAAUAAGCUAUCAGGACCAAUACCAUCUGGAAAUCAACUUCAGACCUUGACUGAUCCAUCCAUCUAUGAGGGAAAUAUUGGACUCUGUGGGAAGCCACUCAACAGCUGCCCUGCAGACGAAUUGCCGACAGAAAAUGGACGGACCCAUUCUUGA